AGUGUUGGCCUGAUUCAGUGCCAGUGGAGGGAUGAAGAGAACCGCGGACGGUCACGCGUGUCCAGCAUGCGCACAUACAGCUCUGCGCGUCUCAUCUCAUCAUGACCGGGGCUCACCUCUACUAUAGCGUCUGUCCUUGAAUUGUACAGUUCUUGGAUUUGUGGACUACUGGGACUUCCACAACCUUUUAUUUCUCGUAAUAUAUAUUUUAACAACCUCUUUAUUUAGCUGUAUAAAAAGUUGAAGAGAACGGUUUUUGGUCUUUUGUUGGACUGACUUCCUACAGAAAAUGCGUAUCAUUUGUUGAAAGUCUUAAGAAGGAAGCAAUACCACGAACAACAACCGGCAGAAACAACAGCACAAAAACAAGCUAAUUUAUUCAAGGACCCGCGCUUUGAUUUAAAGGAAAUAAACAUGUCCAGCAGAAGCAUCGAGUGGGAGCAUUUCGAGGAGCGCGAGAAGAGUCACCGGUCCCCGCGGGGCAGUGGCGCUUCUCAUUCCGGCUCGAGGGGUAACGGGCUCGUGCCCAGUCCCGCUCACAGUGCGCACUGUAGUUUCUACCGCACACGCACACUGCAGUCGCUCACCUCCGAGAGGAAAGCGAAAAAAGUUCGCUUCUUUCGGAACGGUGAUAAGUACUUCAAGGGCUUGGUGUACGCGGUGUCAAGUGACCGCUUCAGAUCCUUCGACGCGCUGCUGAUGGAGCUCACCCGCUCCCUCUCGGACAAUGUGAAUUUACCGCAAGGAGUCCGGAACAUCUAUGCUAUGGAAGGGGGGAAGAAGAUCACCAGCCUGGAUGAGUUACAAGAAGGUGAAAGCUAUGUGUGUGCUUCCAAUGAACCAUUCCGUAAAGUGGACUACACUAAGAAUGUCAAUCCCAACUGGUCGGUCAACGUGAAGACGGGCACGUCUCGCUCUCUGCCAUCCCUUACCACCUCAAAGAACGAGCUGAGAGAACGAGAGAGCAAAGACUUCAUCAAACCCAAGCUGGUGACGGUCAUUAGGAGUGGUGUCAAACCCCGUAAAGCUGUCCGGAUCCUCUUGAAUAAGAAGACAGCUCACUCCUUUGACCAGGUGCUCACAGACAUCACUGAUGCCAUUAAACUGGAUUCUGGUGCUGUGAAAAGACUCUAUACUCUGGAGGGCAAACAAAUUAUAUGUUUGCAAGACUUUUUCGGGGACGAUGACGUGUUCAUCGCGUGCGGGCCUGAGAAGCACCGUUACGCGCAGGACGAUUUUGUGUUGGAUCACAGUGGUAAGGCUUCCACAGCCUUUAUAACCGAAUGUCAGGUCCUCAAGUCCUCUUAUUCUUCUCGCUCUGCUCCCCCUGUGAGAUACUCUGGUAGUAAAAGUCCAGGAUCCACCCGCCGCAGCAAAUCCCCUGGAUCUGUGAGAAGAACAGCAGGACACUUCUCUACAAAUAGCCAGUCUCCAGUCAAAUCACCAAUAAAUGGAGUCCCGAACAGCCAAAUCACUACCCCCAAAUCCGCCAAAUCCUCCAGUUCCUCCCCGACCAGCCCCCGCAGCAUGCGCAACUUCAAGUUUAGUUGCAACAAGCGGAUGGGAGUCCCCCUCCGUCUCUCUGUACAGAUUCCAGCACAUCACUCCUCUGCAACCAAUGUGAACGGCUCUUCUGAGACUCCCCAGCAACACAACAACAGUGUGAGCCCUGAAGUUAAUGGAAACAGGAACCUUGCUGCUUCCACAAUUAUGGACAAAUACAAAAUUGGCAAAGUUAUAGGUGAUGGGAACUUUGCUGUGGUAAAGGAGUGUGUCGAACGAUCCACUGGAAAGGAGUUUGCACUGAAGAUCAUUGAUAAAAACAAAUGCAGAGGCAAAGAGCACCUGAUCGAGAACGAGGUGGCAGUGUUGAGGCGUGUUAAGCAUCCUAAUAUCAUCAUGCUGAUUGAGGAGGUGGAUACGCCCACUGAUCUCUAUCUAGUCAUGGAACUUGUGAAGGGUGGAGAUCUGUUUGAUGCAAUCACCUCCUCAACAAAAUACACAGAAAGAGAUGCUAGUGUAAUGGUGUUCAACCUGGCCGCUGCUCUCAAAUAUCUGCACAGAAUGUGUAUCGUCCAUCGAGACAUCAAACCAGAGAAUCUGCUGGUGUGUGAGUAUCCUAAUGGUACAAAGUCUUUAAAGUUGGGCGAUUUUGGCUUGGCCACAGUGGUUGAAGGGCCGCUGUACACUGUUUGUGGAACACCCACUUAUGUUGCCCCAGAAAUCAUAGCAGAGUCAGGAUACGGGCUAAAAGUGGACAUCUGGGCAGCUGGAGUAAUUACCUACAUCCUCCUAUGUGGCUUCCCACCAUUCCGCAGUGAGAAUAACCUCCAGGAGGACCUAUUUGAUCAGAUCCUGAUGGGGCGUUUAGAUUUCCCAUCACCCUUUUGGGACAAUAUCACGGAUUCUGCUAAAGAGUUGAUUGGUCACAUGCUGCAGGUGAAUGUGGAGGCCAGAUACACAGCGGAGGAUGUGCUGUCUCACCCCUGGGUCACGGUAAAUGACGAUGCUGCAAUGGAAAACAAUAUGAAGAUGGAGGUGGCAGGUAAACUCAAAAAGCACUUUAACUCUGUGCAGAAACAGAGCAACACUUCCCCUGGAGUCUCUGUUAUAAUGAACACAGCUCUAGAUAAGGAAACCAUCCAGCUUUCUCGCCGGCGUCAGGACCGCAGCCCCCCUCCUCCAGGAAAGAGCCCUUCCUCCACCCACCCAGAGAGACGACGCUCCCAUAGAGGACGCUCAUCUGUCCAAUUAGAGGACUCUCGGAGUGCUGCUCCCGUUGAGCCUUUAUCUUCAACAACCCCCAAUGCACCAUCAGCACCUCUGCCCUCCCCUCACUCUGCCCCACCUCCCCGCUUCCCAGAAUGCAGUGCUGAGGCUGAGGCCAGCAAGAGUCUCCCGAAGGAAGAAUAAUACUACUUAAGGGAAACAAUAUGGAGACAAUUUCAAAUAUAAAUGCAUAAAUACAUAUAUAGCAACUCUGCGAAUCUUUGAAACUUCAUGCUAUUGCGAAAAGGCUGGAAUACACUACACUACUUUUGCCCCGUUUUGUACAGUCUGACGAAUGUGUUGUCCAAAGCAAGAGACAGUCUGCAGAUUUCACAGAAAAUUGUGUAUGAUGAGCGCAGACUACAAUUUCUUUUUUUUUUUUACAGAUUCUGAUUCUACUAGUUAAGAGAAUAACAAACAUUGAUAUUUAGAACACACAUAUUGUUUAAAUUUGUGUCUCCUUGCAAUGAGGUGCAGUUUCUGAGGGAGUGUGUUUUGUUCGGAAAAACUUAAAAGCAGGGUUGCCAGGUCUGCGAAACAAAACUAGACCAGUGACUAAUCAAAAAUGGCCCAAAAUUAGCUGAAUAACCCUAUCCCAAAUAUCAAAAAAUAUCCCUAAAAUGCAUAUUUUACAGUCAUUGUUCUGCGUUAUACACAAUUUCAACUUAAAAUCACAAUAAACAGUCUGUUUUCAUAAUAGAGCGCAAAGGUUCCCUACUAGUUCCCCCUUCUUCAGUACACGUAACAUCUAGCACAUCAGCAUAAAAUUAAUAUUCUGUCAUCAUUUUCUCACCCUCAAAUUGUUCCCACAAAGGAAGAUAUUUUGAAGAAUGUGGGUAGCCAAAGAGUUUCUUGUCCCCACUGAAUUCCAUAGUAUAUAGAAUUUAGUUAGCCACAUUGUUCAGAAUAUCUUCUUUUAUUUUCAGCAGAGGAAGGAAAUUUAUGCAUGUUUUGCAGCAAAUUGAUUUUCAUUUUUGGGUGAACUAUUCCCACAGCAACAGCAAUUCUGCUGGAAAACGGUGGACAUGGCAACCCUAUGUGAUCCUCAGUCUUUUAUUAUAUGCUGUCUGGUUUUUCUCUGUAACUAUUUACAAAGUCAGCAAGUUAAUGAAGCCUAGUGUUUUAAAAUCUGUUCUCUUUUUAAAAGUCAUUUAGUGUAAUCCAGCCUUUAACAUACGUUCAGUACUGUCUGUAUAGUGGUCGUCUGCUUGUCUCCCUGCUUUCUUCUUCUUCUAGUUUGGCUUCCGAUUCCAGCACCCAGGGUGGGUUUGAAACUGUUUGAAAAGUGUGAUUGAUUGUAUAUAGGUGCUUUGGAUAUGAAAGAUCUGCUCUGCUUUUGUAUUUACUGACAUGGACAGCUCACGUCCUGGUUAUGAAUAGCUAAACACUUUUUAGGGUGGAUCUAAACAUGCUACUGGAAAAAAAAAGACUUUGAAACUGGCAAGAAACUUGUCCUGCUGAAACUUGAAAGUAUGUUUUCUUGGAGUGUUUGUUUGAAAAUAGACUGCUUGACUUUUUGACUCUGCUGAAGAAACACGAGAAAGCAAUUCACAUUUGUGGGUGUGUGUUUUCUUAAGAGGGUGUGACUAGCACUGCUCUGUUCUGGGGUCAUUUUGCAGUAGUUUAGAGUUGCCUUCAUAUGAGCCAGCAAAGCAAGAAAUCUGUAGGGAUUGUUAAUAGUUUUGUUCUUUUGCUAAUUUAUUUGUACAGAUUAGACAAAAUGUGAAAUUGUAUUUUAGAAUAGUUUGACAUUUUCAAUCCAGAGUCAUUAAGUGCACGAUAUUUUGAUUUCUCUGUUGCAAUAGUAUUAGAUUACAAUCUCAAAUCUUGGAUUUGUCAUCUAUUGUUCCAUGUACUUCUUCUGUACUUGUUAUCUCUUUGCUCAACGUGACACUGAUUUCCCGAAACUGUCAGCCUGCAGGGAAUGAUGGGGCUUGUUAAUUAAGGUAUGUUACAUGAUGCACUGCUUUUUUGACGUGCAUUGGAGGUUUUGAGAUAUAUGGCAAUAUUCAGUUUUAUUUCUGGAAGGCUAGAUUUCAUGUUUAAUAGAUGUCAUUUUCUAUUAGUGUUCUUUAUCAUCACAUAAUCAAAGUAAUGCAAUAAAAUUAUCUUGCUGUUGUU